AUGCCCGCUGCCCCAUGCCCGCUGCCACAUGCCCGCUACCCACUGCCCCAUGCCCGCUGCCACAUGCCCGCUACCCACUGCCCCAUGCCCGCUACACGCUGCCCCAUGCCCGCUACCCCCUGCCCCAUGCCCGCUACCCACUGCCCCAUAACCGCUACCGCUGCCCCAUGCCCGCUACCCACUGCCCCACUGCCCCAUGCCCGCUACCCACUGCCCCAUGCCCGCUACCCACUGCCCCAUAACCGCUACCGCUGCCCCAUGCCCGCUACCCACUGCCCCACUGCCCCAUGCCUGCUACCCACUGCCCCAUGCCCACUACCCACUGCCCCACUGCCCCAUGCCCGCUACCUGUUGCCCCAUGCCCGCUACUCACUGCCCCAUAACCGCUACCCACUGCCCCAUAACCGCUACCCACUGCCCCAUGCCCGCUACCCACUGCCCCAUGCCCGCUACCCACUGCCCCAUGCCCGCUACCCAUUGCCCCAUGCCCACUACCCACUGCCCCAUGCCCGCUACCCGCUGCCCCAUGCCCGCUACCUGCUGCCCCAUGCCCACUGCCCCACUGCUCCAUGCCCGCUACCCACUGCCCCACUGCCCCAUGCCCGCUACCCGCUGCCCCAUGCCCGCUACCCACUGCCCCAUGCCCGCUACCCGUUGCCCCAUGCCCGCUACCCACUGCCCCAUAACCGCUACCCACUGCCCCAUCACCGCUACCCACUGCCCCAUAACCGCUACCCACUGCCCCAUGCCCACUACCCACUGCCCCAUGCCCGCUACCCGCUGCCACAUGCCCGCUACCUGCUGCCCCAUGCCCACUGCCCCACUGCUCCAUGCCCGCUACCCACUGCCCCACUGCCCCAUGCCCGCUACCCGCAGCCCCAUGCCCGCUACCCACUGCCCCAUGCCGCUACCCGCUGCCCCAUGUCCGCUACCCACUGCCCCAUAACCGCUACCCACUGCCCCAUAACCGCUACCCACUGCCCCAUGCCCGCUACCCACUGCCCCAUGCCCGCUACCUGCUGCCCCAUGCCCACUGCCCCACUGCUCCAUGCCCGCUACCCACUGCCCCACUGCCCCAUGCCCGCUACCCGCUGCCCCAUGCCCGCUACCCGCUGCCCCAUGCCCGCUACCCACUGCCCCACUGCCCCAUGCCCGCUACCCACUGCCCCAGUGCCCCAAGCCUGCUACCCGCUGCCCCAUGCCCGCUACCCACUGCCCCACUGCCCCAUGCCUGCUACCCCAUGCCCACUACCCACUGCCCCAUGCCCGCUACCCACUGCCCCACUGCCCCAUGCCCGCUACCCACUGCCCCACUGCCCCAUGCCCGCUACCCGCUGCCCCAUGCCCGUUACCCACUGCCCAAUGCCCACUACCCACUGCCCUAUGCCCGCUACCCACUGCCCCACUGCCCCAUGCCCACUACCCACUGCCCCAUGCCCGCUACCCGCUGCCCCAUGCCCCAUGCCCGCUACCCACUGCCCCACUGCCCCACUGCCCCAUGCCCGCUACCUACUGCCCCACUGCCCCAUGCCCGCUACCCACUGCCCCACUGCCCCAUGCCCGCUACCCGCUGCCCCAUGCCCGCUACCCACUGCCCCACUGCCCCAUGCCCGCUACCCACUGCCCCAUGCCCGCUACCCGCUGCCCCAUGCCCGCUACCCACUGCCCCACUGCCCCAUGCCCGCUACCCGCUGCCCCAUGCCCGCUACCCACUGCCCAAUGCCCGCUACCCACUGCCCCACUGCCCCACUGCCCCUUGCCCACUACCCACUGCCCCAUUCCCGCUAG